AUGGCCAACAUAAAUCACCAACCUGGUAUGGGUAAUUCAGUUACUCAACUCAAUUUGGCGUUUAGAAUAUCAUUACAGCCACAACAUCCUAUUGAUAUCCGCGCCGAUGAAGCAUGUGCUUCGUUUAAUACACCUCAAAAUCCACUUCUGUCUGGUAACUAUACCGUCGUAGACAUUGGGGUUUUUUCGCGGCAAGGAAUAUUUGCUUGGGUACGAGGAAUCAUACAUGAGCUGCAAUCCUACAAUCUGCAUACUGUCAACUUGGUCCCUGCGCUCUGGGGACAACUAUUCAAGAUCAUCCAGAAUCAUUCCUCCUUCAAGCGUUGGAUUUUCUCUCGCCCUAGACCUGGCCCGAUGGGUUUUCUGACCUUCGUUCAUGAUCCUAGCGAGGAGCUACAGUAUACUGCAGAAAACGUGCUCGGUAGAGCUCGAAUCAUUUGGCAAGAAAUUGAAGCCGACUUGAUGGAUGAAGAGCCUAAUCAAUUCGUUGGCGAGAUUUUUCGGCAAGUGUACCAUAUUUGGCAGUAUAAAUGCUACAUGAAUAACAUGCUGAGGGAUUUGACAGGUCAACCACGCACGACGGAUCGUGAUGGAUUUUUAGAGCUUGUGCGCUAUAAAUUACCACGACAAAUGCCACCUCAUCCUAAUCACCCAGCUCCGGCUUUCCCAACUCUAGUUCCAGCUGCAGCUCUCCCGCCCGCUCUUCAGCCCGCUCGCCCUCCACAAAAUCCCGUUGGUGCAAAUACUGGUAUUGUUGGUCACGCAUCUAUCAUCGGAAAUCCUGGUCAUAACCCCAUUCGUAGAGCCGGAAAUACUCGAAUAGGUGCAAGACAGUCAACCGGUAUGUCUGUAGCUGCUGGCAGUUUGGUAAUUAGCGACAGUCAAUCAAGUGGGCAGUCUGACGACUCAAAUCCUGCUUUCAAUCAGCCUUAUGCGCUCAUGCCCACCGCUGAUCCUAACGCAGGCAGAAUGAUUAGCACUCUCAUGGUUUCCCACCCGGCAUUCGCCCACGGCCCACGCAGAGCAAAUCCAACCGUAUCUUCUGCCAUGCCUAACGCUGUUCAAACAGGUAGACCUAAUGUUGUUCAGGCAGGUGGUCCCAACGCUAUUCAAGCAGGUAGCUCUAACGUUCCUGCUACUUCAGGUCCUCAGAAUAAAGGUAACCAGCAGAAUGGAAAUCCUCAAGGUAACAGACAGCCGCGUCUAGGACUAGGCGCUGCCAUGGAACAAUCUAGACCACCACAGCCAAAUCUCCGUCGCCGCCGAAGCUCAACACGCACACAAUGCCCACAACGCGUCCCAGUGUUUAACUCUGCAAAUUCGGAUAGCUCUACCGCUGGUCCAGUAGUCACUCAGAAGCGACCUGCAAACACUAACAGCAACGCUAGUUCUCUUGCAGGUCCUUCGAGACCCUCGGGCAAGAAGAUCAAGAUGGAAAACGCUGAUGCUGAUCGUUAG